UUAAACAAAACAAAAAAAACAGUGUCAAAACUAAAAUUAUUAAAUAACAUGCACAACUUAUUUCUAUAAAGACUAAUAACUAAAUUUUCGUAAGCAACAGAAAGUAAUAUCAUAUAUAUACACAUCAUUUGAUCAAGACUCUUAUUCAUUCAUACAUCAUUAUACCAUGGCAUCCUCAACUCAUCGAAGCUUAUACGGCGCCGCUGGUGCCACCUCAGCGCCGCCGCCGACCCCCUCGACUCAACCCAACAACCUAUUAUCCACCACUGAAGGCGUAGGCGCCGACGCCGACGCCUUAUCUCGGCUCCUAAACCGACUCCCGCCAUCUCUCGCUCUCCCCACACGGCGCCGCGUCGGCCCCCAGCCUGCCACGUGUCCUCCCGUGGUCUCAUUUGCCGAUCGGUCUGAUGACUCGGCCAACAAUAUAAUGGAUGAUCUCCUCUCCUCCGCUUCCCAACUCGGCUUCUUCCAACUCACUAACCACUCAAUCCCCUCCGAACUCGCUAAAUCGGCCGAGUCGGAAGCGCUCUCUCUCUUGGACCUUCCCAGAGAGAGAAAAGAAUCUCUCUUUCCUAAGGAUUGGCCUCUGGGAUACGAAGGAGAGGAAGACGAAGAAGGAGACGGACUCGGCGAGUCAUUCUGUCUGGACGAGUCGUGUGCAGCCGAGUCAAGCGAGUUGUCUUUAGUAUCCGUGCGCGAGUUGACUCAGGCUCUAGAGAAGGUCGGGUUGAGGAUCGUCGAGUUGCUUUCGGGAUCGGUCGGGUUUGAGAACCCGCUGGAGAAAGAUGGUCCGGACCGGCUUUGUACGUUCAUGUGGAUAUCAUCAGAGGAUUCUCCCGGAAAUGAGAUGAUGACGUCAGGCGGGUUUUACCCGUAUAUAGUCGGGUUACAGUAUCAAAUCCGGAGCAGUAAGAGCUUGUUGCUUGCGGAUUCGGGUCGGGUCUUAGUGUCAACUCAGGCGGACUCUGUUUUGGUUACUAUAGGCGACAUUGCUCAAGUAUGGAGCAAUGGAAAAUUGAAGAAAGUGAGAGGAAGAGCAAUUGCAAGUUUAGGGGAAGGCAUAUCAAUGACGGUGUUAGUGACUCUUCCUCUGGAGAGUAGAGUGGCUCCUCUUAUCCCAAAACAAACUAAUUUAAGUGAAGAAGAAGAAGACCAUAACAACAUUAAUGAUGAAGAAGAAGAAGAAAAAGAAACAAAGAAGAUGGUUUUUAACUCUUUCUCUUUUGAAGAUUAUGCAUGGAAAGUCUACCAUGAGCGUCUUCACCUCAAAGAUCCUCUAGACAGGUACCGAGUUGUGACCUAAUAUUUCUUUUUCCUUUUUUUAAUUCAUACUUUGAACUAGUUUAAAUUUUUGGCAGAGGACAUACAUUUGUGAUUAUGUAUUUCUUUGGUUCCAAUUAGAUUGAUUCUUCGUAUGGGUUUAUUUGGUUUGUUCUUUUGAUGUAUUUAUUGGCAAUGGGGUGAUCAUGAUAUAAUUACAAAUUC